AUGCAUCAGCUGGCAGGGGAUAAGUUAUACUCUGUAAUGGAGCAGAACAACAGUGGUGUAGAAGAUUUUUCCUUGAAUGUCUUUUCUGUCUCUCCUUAUCAGCCAAACAGAUCCGACGUCCUGGUGUCAGAUGGGGAUAAAGCCGGUGCCACUUUGCUCUUUUCAGGUGUGUUUUUGGGACUGGUGGGAAUCACUUUCACCGUGAUGGGAUGGAUAAAAUACGACGGCGUUACUCACCUUGAGUGGACUCAGUUACUGGGGCCCAUUCUGCUGUCUGUUGGGGUGACUUUUGUUCUGAUUGCUGUUUGUAAAUUUAACAUGCUUACAUGCAAGUCCUGUAAAGAAAGAGAGGAAAAUGCAUCAGACCUCGACCAGACUGCUAGUGGACAGUCCUUCGUCUUCACCGGCAUUAACCAGCCUAUAACUUUUCACGGUGCCACAGUGGUACAGUACAUCCCUCCGCCAUACCCAGCCCAGGAAGGCAUUGCUGUGAGUCCUGGCUACCUUCACCCAGUGCUCAGCUGCUGCGGUGCUGCCUCACCGAUUCCCACCCCAGGCUCUGCUCACUUCUGCUCUGCCUACCCCUUGGAUAACCCAGCUUUUACCGGAGAUGAAAACUAUUCUACCUAUCCUGCAGAGAAUACCAGGAAUCAGAGGUCGGAGGACAGCUCUGAUGAGCCAGAGGAACUGCUGGAAGACUACGUCUGUGAUGACCUGUCACCUCCACGUUAUGAGGAAAUAUACCCACUGUCUUCAUAA